UUUUUUUGUGAAGUUAAUAAAAAGAGCCAGGCGCUCCCGAGCAGUAAUUGAUUUUUGAAUCCUCUUUACCGUUUUGGGGCAAAAGCAAACAAGCUGGUUUUCUCUGCUAAGCCCAAUAAAUGCUAUUUAUGAAGAUGGACCUGUUGAAUUACCAGUACUUGGACAAGAUGAACAACAAUAUUGGCAUUCUGUGCUACGAAGGUGAAGCUGCUCUAAGAGGUGAACCCAGAAUGCAAGCCCUUCCCGUGUCCUCUGCCCUCACCAAUCAUCGGACAGGGCCCCCUCCCAUCAGCCCCAGCAAGAGGAAGUUUAGUGUGGAACAAGGGGACGAUGAUCUAGACUGUGAAAACGACCAUGUGUCCAAGAUGAGUCGUAUCUUCAACCCCCAUUUAAGCAAGAAUGGGGAUUGCCGGAAAGAACACCGGGAAAGAAGCCGCAGCCCCAUUGAACGUGCUGUGGCUCCCACCAUGAGUCUGCACGGCAGUCACAUGUAUGCCUCCAUCCCCAGCAUCACCAUGGAGCAACCCCUUGCACUGACCAAAAACAGCAUGGAUGCCAGCAGAACAGUUGGCAUCUCUCCAACAUUGACCUCUGUGGAACGGCAGCAGAACCGCCCCUCAGUGAUCACCUGUGCCUCUGCAAGCAAUCGUAACUGUAACCUCUCCCACUGCCCCAUCGCCCACAGUGGGUGUGUCUCAUCUACAUCAGCAAACUACAGGCGGCCUCCAAGUACUGCCACCACCUGUGACCCCGUGGUAGAGGAACACUUCCGUCGGAGCCUCGGCAAGAACUACAAGGAGCCAGAGCCUGUGGCAAACUCUGUGUCCAUCACGGGGUCAGUGGACGACCACUUUGCCAAAGCGCUGGGCGACACGUGGUUGCAGAUCAAGGCUGCCAAGGAUGGGGCUUCUAGCAGUCCUGAGUCAGCUUCCAGGAGGGGCCAGCCAUCCAGCCCGUCUUCCCACAUGGUCAAUCACAAUCAUUCCCCCUCUGUUGUCUCAUGAAGAGAGGACCGCCAACACCUCCUCUGUUGGAGAACAAGUGAAUCUGCAUGGUUUGCCUGAGCUUUGAACCGUCAAUGCUUAAAUGGAAAAUGGUGUGGGGGUGGGGUAGG